CUGGUCGUGCUGUUUGAGUGAAAAUUGUUGCUGUGGAAAACCUAAGAAGCUUAGUAGAAGACCUGGGAGUCCCAAUAACGAGUGACUGUGUCGGAAGCCAUAGGCCUUCGCUGUUGUCGCUGGGCUAAGAGCUGCUAAGAUGACAGAGCUGAGGCAUCGCGGAACCACAGACAACGACCUACAGCACCAGCAGUCUGAUGACAAGGGUUCAGAGAAUGAACUGAAGGGGGACAAGGAUGGUGCAUCAGACAGUGAGUCGAAGGCGGACACAGGGGUCCCAGAGGUGCCAGUCCCACCUGAUGACACCCCUGAGGUUUUGAACAAGGCUCUGUCUGGACUCUCCUCACGAUGGAAGAACUGGUGGGUACGAGGGAUCCUCACCCUAGCUAUGAUCUCCUUCUUCUUCCUCAUCAUCUACCUGGGCCCCAUGGUGCUCAUGAUGAUUGUUCUCUGUGUUCAGAUCAAGUGCUUCCAUGAGAUCAUCACCAUUGGUUACAGUGUGUAUCACUCGUACCACCUGCCCUGGUUUAGAACGUUGAGCUGGUACUUCCUGCUGUGUGUGAACUACUUCUUCUAUGGUGAGACGGUGACAGAUUACUUCUUUACUUUGGUGCAAAGGGAGGAGCCACUUCGCAUCCUCAGCAAAUACCACCGCUUUAUCUCCUUUGCCCUCUACCUCACAGGUUUCUGCAUGUUUGUGCUGAGCUUGGUGAAGAAGCACUACCGCCUUCAGUUCUACAUGUUUGGUUGGACUCAUGUGACUCUGCUGAUCGUGGUGACCCAGUCUCAUCUCAUCAUCCACAACUUGUUUGAAGGGAUGAUCUGGUUCAUUGUGCCAAUUUCCUGUGUGAUCUGCAAUGACAUUAUGGCCUACAUGUUUGGCUUCUUCUUUGGCCGCACCCCACUCAUCAAGCUGUCACCGAAGAAGACAUGGGAGGGCUUCAUCGGUGGUUUCUUCUCCACCGUUGUGUUUGGUAUCCUGCUGUCCUACGUGAUGGCAGGCUACCGCUACUUUGUGUGCCCGGUGGAGUUCAACAACGACUCCAACAGUUUCCAGGUGGACUGUGAGCCGCCGGAGCUGUUCCAGCUGCAGGACUACGCCCUGCCCAGCGUCUUGGAGUCCCUCACUGGAUGGCCCACAGUGCGCCUCUAUCCAUUCCAAAUCCACAGCAUCGCUCUGUCUGCCUUUGCCUCCAUCAUGGGACCCUUUGGAGGUUUCUUCGCCAGUGGCUUCAAGAGGGCCUUCAAGAUCAAGGACUUUGCCAACACCAUCCCAGGUCACGGUGGCAUCAUGGAUCGGUUCGACUGCCAGUACCUCAUGGCCACCUUUGUUAAUGUCUACAUCGCCAGCUUCAUCAGGGGUCCGAACCCCAGCAAGGUGAUCCAGCAGCUCCUGGCCCUUCGUCCAGACCAGCAGCUCCACAUCUUCAACUCCCUCAAGGCUCACCUGACAGAGAAGGGCCUGCUGCCAGCGCUGGAGGAGGCAGCCGCCUAGAGCCUCCCAGCCCGACACCCGCUGGCCCUGCUGGGGAGACAGAGAGGAGGGCAGCACCUCCGGGCUCCGACCAGCCCUGGAGCUCUGGGAGACUCGCAGCGCUCGUGUGAGCGAGAACACAACCAAGAGGAAAAAAAAAAACAACAACAUAAAACUAAAGCCUUGGGUCAUUCCAUAGUGUUUGUGUGGGUGGAUGACAGUUGUGUGUAUGUGGUACGUAUGUAUGGGAGUUACAUUUCUUAUUUCUCAGUGUUUUUUUGUUUGUUUUUUUUUUUUUUUUCUUUCUUCAGGUUGGGUUAGGGAAUUACUGUAUUGUUACAUAAUUUCCAAGAUAGACACCUAUCUAUUCACACUGUUGAACAUAAUGUUUGUCAGCUGUACAUUUCUACCUGUAUACAGGAUAUCCUCUAUAUAGCUAUUAAUGUUUGUGAAUAUUUUAUGGUACAUAUUCUAUUUUUUAUUUUUGUUUUAAUGCACUGCUCUCAACAUUGGUCACACUGUAUCGUCAACUGCGUAAGCCACCCUGUUUUCAUUUUUUAAAAAUUUUCUUUGUUGUGGUUGGCUCUAUUUAUACAUAGGCGGUUAUAUUUUUAACAUUUGGUAUGUUCUAUUAUAUCCUAAUGUGUUUGUCUGUGCCAAUUUUAUCCAGGACAAAUUUGCUUUGCCAUUUAUGUGCUCCUGUGUAUAUGCUUGUUUUUUUCAGUGGUUGUGUUUUUGCCAUUCAUCAUGUCAAAGCCUUCAUACCUUGUCAAAAUUCAUCUGAUAUCGACACACGGCGCAAUCAUUGUACGAUAUGGACGGCUAAAUUUGUAGCAAAGCACCAUUAGGGAUUUGAGGGGAGUGCUGAAUCGGUCAGGAGAGAGUUACAAAAUCUAGGUCAAGGGUGAACUAAUUAUCCAGUUAAGUUUAGUGGUUCGACAUAUGCCUCAAAAUCUUGUGUAUUAUUGUGAAUCCACGGUUUUCCCUCACUGUGUUGUAGUAAUCAAAGUGAGGCCAGUGGACGUAACACCAGCACAGUCCUGUCCAGGUCUCAGAACUGACAAAUCACUGUCACUGCUCAACUUGUUCUAAUAAGGAAUCAGAGCUUUUACUUGGGUUCACCUGGCCACCCUGGUCCAUUCAAUUAGCACAGAGUCCAAAUGUUGUGGACACUCAGUGCAGAUGAAUAUUUACCACUUCAGAACACGUUCACCUAGGAAGCAACAGCAGAGGAACUAAUGUUACACUGUUUUGUUUUUGUUUGUUUUUUUAACUGGCCCACUCUGUUACCUUAAAAGUAAAUGCCACUUUAAGUUGCCUAAUUCAUGUUUGGUAGUGUAAAAGUGACAGGAUCAGUGUAUUAUGGCCUGGAGAUGUGAUAGUGUUGGGAUGGAGCUGUCACUAACUGUAUAUGUGGAGCAGGUUUUCAUCACGCUCGUUUCCUUAUUGCCACAAUCAGUUUCAAAAUGUUCAGCCCUCACCGUCAUAACAACAAAGAAGAAGAAACAUCUGCCUACCAUUGGUCAAGAUUUAACUUGUAGUGUUUGUGUGACUUUUGCUCUAAUAAGAAGUUGGACACGUCUGAAGCUGGUGUUGGACCUCUUUAGUACAAUCAGACCUGUGAUGGAAUAGUCUCCCACAUUCAAAGGGGUCAUGUUAACAUAAGGUUUUUUAAAAAAAAAUUGUGCCAUCUCCAGAAUUUCAGUUCACUUGCCUUUGUGAAAUUAAGGAACUUGUUUGUUUGUUUGUUUUUGUUUUUAAAGUUGGCAUCCUCUUCGGUGUUGUAUUCGUUUUUGAUUGAUUUUGAAAUUUCCCACAAGGGAUUUCACUGAUAAUCAAUAACAAUCUAUGUCAUGCUCUGUUGAGCCCUACCACCCCACUCACUGGGGCAGAGCUUUGUUUAUGUUCAAUAUAUUGGGUCAAAAACAUUUUUAUUUAACUGAAAUCUAUAAAAUGUUUUACUAAGUAAGCUAUUAUUAUUGGAGUGACAGUAUGUGGCAGCUAAAUAGGACAAUAACAUUUUGAAGCUGUAAUGGCUGAAAACGGUUAAUGUUUAGUAAUAUUUAGGAACAUUUAAGUAGCGUGACUCUGUGCCUGUUAUUGUGGAUGGAAGCUGUAAAAAGCUUGCAUCUCUAAAAUUUAUUUGGCCAAAUGAAUUCUGCAGUUAAUCAAAACCUACUGGAGCACUGUAGAGGAACAAGAGGGUCUGGACAGUACAGUGUGUUUGUCCGUCUCUGGUUAUUGGGAGAUUGGAGGGCCAAUCUGCAGCAAUCCACUUCCCCUGUCAGGCAUCCCUUUGUGCAUGUCCAUAUUUUCCAUAUUUUUAGUGUCCAAUCAGAGAGAGAAAUUGGUUAUCAUUCUCCUGAAAUUUUCUUUUGCGUUGUCAGUGAACCCUGACAAACCCUACGGAGGUUGUAAAGUGUUCAUAUAAAUGAAGCAGGACUAUUUUCUGGACUCAGUGAAUGUAAAAGGGGAAAACAGCAAUACAUACAGACAUAAUCAAUGUAGCAGGGAUACGGAAAUAAGUCAUUAAGAGUAUGAUGUCACUAUAUAACCUGUUGAAACAACUUAUGGAUUUGUCUCAGUUUGCUAUCGUCUGUGUACAGCAAAUGACUGAUGGACCUACUUAAGGCUUUGUUCAUAGAUGUAAAAUGGGGCCAGGUAUCAUGUGUUGUAGUUCUUUAUCCUGUAAUACCUAACUGAUGAUUGGAGGCUCACUGAUAAGACCCCUCAUAGCCUGUGCUCACUUAUCUGUGUUUGAAGGGAUUAAUAUCCCAAAAUACCAAAUAUAUCAGUUUUGGAAAAAAAAAUUGCUGGCUUAAAUCCGUUAGUCAUUAUUUAAGAAAAACAGCAGAUAUAAUUCUCAAAAGCUAUCCACGGUGACUCAUGUCUUUCAUUUUGUUUUCUGUCAAUGACAAGAAAUCAUUUUAGAAUGAAACACUAAAGUGAUUCAGACAUGGCUUGUCAUCCUCGUUCGAACACGACGCCACUCAUACAUGAACCAUCAUGCCACUCAUUGAGUCUCCUCAGUUUGACUUGUGUGUUUUUGAUAUCCAAGCAGUGUUGCACCUGUUGCUCUUAAGUUAUCACUCUACCUGUACAUCAACUGUUUUCAAGAGUUAUUAUUAUAAUGUGCAUUUAAGAAGAUGUUCCGAAAUAUGUUGUGUGUUCUUUGCUAUUUUUUGGGUUAGGCUAAUUUACAAGAAUAUUUAAAGUAUUAUCCAUGCCAUGUAGGACAGAGCAUUGCGAUAAUGCUCUCUCUUGUUGCUGUGAUGUUAGUGCAGUUGGGUGUCUUCUAGGCUCUUCCUUGGUAGAAGCUGUUCUCCGUGUCAACCUGUGUGCUCUCUGUCGCAGCAACACAGAUACUGUAGCUCUGUAAUUGUGUCGUCUCCUUUUGAGAAGGUGAGAAAGUUUCCAGAAAGUAACGUAACGACUAAUAUUUCGCCAGUCACCGAUAAUAUCUCUAUUUGUCUGCGGUGGCUGUUGGCCCUGCAGCUCCAGUACUGCCACGCGCCUGCGUCCCAGAUGACCACUAGAGAGAGCUGAAGCUCCUGUGGUCGGCCCCGCCACAACACCAAUGCUGCACUGAAAGCAGAGAGGUUUCUAUCCUUUAAGCACUGCUGUCUGAUACAUUCCACAUUCCCUCCCAGCAGGUUGGGAAGAUCUACUCACAGGGAGGCAGAGUAGAAGGGACAAACCCACCACCAUCAGUGAACUGUAAAUACCACUGAUCAGUGUCCACGUGGCACCCAGAAGCCCCCUCGGUGCCAUUCUUAAUCAACACAAUGCCACUUUGCUUUUGUUAAGCCUCCCCGGUCAGGACCUCUGAGGAAUGUACGGGAGUUGUGCAACGUGACUUUCCCCACAUACAUUAGGCUCCCCUCGUGGACGUUUUUUUUUUUGUUUGUUUUGUUUGUUUUGUAUUGUGGCUAUAGAUUCUCUUAUAUGGGCGAUGGUGCCUCUGAUUUUGAUGGAUUACUCUUAAUUGUGCGAUGCUUUUGGUUUGUGUUGAGUUGUACAUUUGUCUAGAGAAAAAGUUAUAGUCUUUGAUGCUAAAAUGUGCUUUGGUUCAAUGAAAAUUAAAUGAAAACAAAAUGGCA